AUGGCCACUAAUUGCCAGGAGAAGAAGAAGUAUGAGACUGGUAGGGUGCAGCAGCCAGGGAGAGUAUACACCACUUCUACCAUAGGUGCUGAGGGAUCUGAGACACUGAUUAGAGGUAAUUGUGAAAUGGCUGGUAAAAUCUUAAAUGCUUUAUUUGAUUCAGGAGCAAGUCAUUCAUUUAUUGCAUUUGAAAAGGCCCAUGAAUUAGAAUUGAGAAUGGUGGUUUUAGGUUAUGAUUUGAAAGUAUAUAAUGCUACUCAUGAAGCUACGGUGACUAGGAUAGGAUGUCCACAAGUUCCCUUUCGAGUACAACAGCGUGAAUUUGUGCAUGAUUUGAUUUGUUUGCCUAUGACUGGUCUUGAUCUCAUUUUGGGAUCGAAUUGGUUAUCCAAGAAUCAUGUUUUGCUUGAUUGUUCUGAGAAGUCAGUACAGUUUAUGCCGGAAGAGUCAGAAGCACCGGUUGUGGUGAAUAGUUACUAUUUGAAUUCUAUGAUAGUAAACUGUUCAGGAACUGAAUGUCUGGGUAUUAUGUUAUUAACUGCGGGAGUAUCAGGUGAUGAUCAGAGUUUAGAGCAGAUUUUGGUUGUAUGUGAAUUUCCAGUUGUGUUUCCGGAUGAUAUUAAUGAAUUUCCACCUAACCGAGAGGUUGAAUUUGCAAUUGAGUUGGUACCUGGAUCCGGUCCAAUUUCAAUUACUCCUUAUAGGAUGUCACCUUUAGAAAUGGCUGAACUGAAGGCUCAGCUGGAAGAUCUGUUGGGUAAGCAUUUUAUCCGACUAAGUGUUUCUCCGUGGGGAGCGCCAGUGUUACUGGUAAAGAAGAAGGAUGGGAGUAUGCGGCUGUGUGUCGACUAUCGGCAAUUGAAUAAGAUCACUGUGAAGAAUAAAUAUCCGUUUCCUUGA